GGAGGGGAAGGGGAGGUUGGGAGCCGCCGCCGUUGCUGCUCCACUCACUCCCGCCUUUUUUGGGGCACUAUGUCUACCUAACAGUUUCUAACAGUACCUGCCGGUACCUAGCACAGUUCCUAGUGUAUGACAGUGCUCAUCAAGUAUUUGUUUCAGAAAUGAAUAAGUGGAUAGUUCUUGAGUCUACACCACCUGAACUGUUGUUUUUCUGCCGGAGGCUGGGGAGUAGAAAGGUGUUGGUGCCGUGGGACAGACCUUUCUGGUGACCCCUCCCUCCAUCCUCCUCACAUCUCCCACUCGCUUUUCCCCAGCUCAACCAAAACGCAGCAGCGUGUGUCUCAUUUUGGGCUCCUCAAAAAGUGCCCUGACUGAAAUACUGCCAGAGACUGGAUCUCUGUGACGCUCAAAUGGGAACUGAACCAGGAAAGAGAAGAUUCCCUUUGCUUGAUCCAAAAGGAGAACCCAUUCCCCAAAGGGAAACCAGCCCACAACCUCCCCAUUGCCCUCCCGGGUAGGGGGCUGUCUGUGGUGAAAAAAGUUCUUUCAGCCAGACUUUUCUUUCCCUUGAAAGUUUUUGUUACUUUAAAAAUAUUAACACAUAAAUAUAUGUUCAUGGUACAAAGAUACAAAGGACAUAUAGAAAAAAGCCUAGGCACUGAGUUUCUCUAUCUAGAAGAAGUAAUUUCCCAGAAAUAGUCCAUAUAAACACAAGCAAAUUCAUAUAUAUUCUCCCCCCACACAUACCCUUUACUCAAAGAUAGCAUAUAUUCAGUUUGUUCUCUACCUCACUUAUUCCGUUUAUCAGUACAGCUUGGGCUGAGCGCGGUGGCUCAUGCCUGUAAUCCCAACACUUUGGGAGGCCAAGGCUGGAGGAUCACUUGAGCUCCGGAGUUCAAGACCAGCCUGGGAAACAUAGGGGGACCCCAUCUCUACAAAAAAUAAAAAAUUAGCCAGGUGUACUGGCCUAUGCCUGUAGUCCCAGCUACUUUGGAGGCUGAAGUGGGAGGAUCACUUGAGCCCAGAAGGUUGAGGCUGCAGUGAGCCAUGAUUGCGCCACUGCACUCUAGCCUGGGUGACAGAGUUAGACCUUGUCUCAAAACAAAUCAAGCUUGGAGAUUGUUCCACAUCCUUUAUAGAACUACUUCAUUAUUUUUCACCUUUAUGUAUUUUAUUGAAUGCAUGUCCCAUAAUUUAUCUACCUAAUACCUUAUGCAUGAAUGUUUAGGUAGUUUCCAGUUGUUGGGGUUCAGGGGAGGCCUCAGCUUCCCUGAGAGGACGUUUCUACAGGUUCUUGGUCUACUACUCCCCAAGAAUGGGAGAAGAGACCACGCAUAAAAGUAAAUGCCAGACUCAAAAGCAUCUGUAGAAAGUGACUUAUUUAGGUAAAGAAAGAGAAAAAGAAGAGAGAAAACUUCCACGAAAAGCGUGUGGAAGCGGGACCCCAGAGGGGAGAUCCAGGAAGGGAACGAGACGUCCCACUAUGCUGCAGAGGAUUCCAGAGAGCUGGAAAUCCGGUGUGGCUGAAGGAGGAGGGGAAUUUAUCCUGGGAGAAAUUCCCACCUCCCCAAGUUCCUCUGGCCAAUGAAAGGAGUUCGUUUAAACUUCCGCUGGGGCGAUUGACUCUUAGUUUCUUCCCGCGGGCGCGAAAUUUAAACAAAAACUGUUAAAUCUCCCGGAUGGAGAGAUAUGGGAGGGGUGCAUGGCACUGGGAAGUUCUUGCCCUUAAAACUACGCCCCCUUGUGGACCCGGAAAGAGAACACAUUUCCUCACAGUCUUUUGGGGUUAUAAAUAUCAAUGCACUGAAUAUACUUGUAUACAUUUUAUUUUACACCUGUUGGAUCAUUUGUAUAAUAAAUAUCCAGAAGCAGAAUGACUGAAUUAAAUUAUAGACUUUUUCUUUAACUGAGAGCAAGUGUAUUAAGAAAGUAAAGGAAUAAAAAGAACGGCUAAUCCAUAGAUAGAGCAGCCAAAAGUAUAGACAUUUAAAGUUUUGGUAGAAACUACUUAAUUUCCCUCUGUUCUGGACUGAAUUUUGUCCUCCCCAAAAAAUAAUAUGUUGAAGCCUUAACCCCCAAUGUGACUGUAUUUGGAGAUGGAACCUCUAAGAAGGUAGUAAAGGUGAAGUGGGGUCAUGAGAAUGGACUACAAUCCAACAGGAAUAAUGUCCUUGUUAGAAGAGGAGAAGACACCUGAGAUCUUCCUCUUUCCCUGGAGACACACAGAAGAGGCUGUGUGAGAAUUCACCUGCAAGCCAGGAAGAGAGCCUUCACCAGACACCAAGCCUAAAGGCCUUGAUCUUGAGCUUCUAGCCUACAGAAGAGAACUAAAGGAGGAAAAAUUGAAAAGAUGUAGGACCUGAGUCCCAAGAUAGUUCCAAACCUUCUCUGGCAGAGUGUCCCAGACCAGAUAAAUUCCAGACACACAUGUUCUCUCUAUUAUCAAAACAGCCCAUGAACAUCUAGCAACUUGCAGCCCCUGACAUGUUUAGGGCCUGAGAUUUGGAGUUGGAUAUGGGCCUCCUGUUUGUGGCAUCCUCUCUUCCAGAGUCUUCCAGUGCAGUCCAGAUGACAUCUCUGAGAGUCUCUUGAAGCCAUGAAGCAAUAGGCCUCAAGGUUUCCUCUAGGCUUCUGCAGUUGGCAGGUCUUCUCCAUCCCACCCCCCUCCUCCAGGGCUGCCAGGCAUAUCCCUGCCUGGGCCUCCUGGCACAAAAGAUAAAAUGAACAGGGUUACUCCCAGCAACUGGUCCAGGAGAUACCAGCAGGGAGGGAGUAGAAGAGAAGAAACCUGUCAGUAUGUCACAGGAGUUGUGGAAGGAAGUUUUGCUAUUUCCAGCCUCUUAAGCCAGCAAAAGUGCAUUCAUCAUUUUCUGUCUGGAAGAGAGAAGGCACAGAAGGAGCCCAGAAGCAACAGUUCAAGACAGGUGCUUCCUGCGGCCAAGUGGAUAAGAGGAGCAGCCUGCAGCCAUGGGACAGGCAGCCCUGGGUAUCAAGAGCUGUGACUUUCAGGUAGCAAGAAACAAUGAGGAGCACCACACCAAGGCCCUUAGCUCCCGGCGCCUCUUUGUGAGGAGGGGGCAGCCCUUCACCAUCACCCUGCACUUCCGCGCUCCGGUCCACGCAUUUCUGCCUGCUCUGAAGAAGGUGGCCCUCACUGCACAAACUGGAGAGCAGCCUUCCAAGAUCAACAGGACCCAAGCCACAUUCCUGAUUUCUAGUCUGGGGGACCAAAAGUUCUGGAGUGCAGUGGUGGAGGAGAGAGAUGCCCAGUCCUGGACCAUCUCUGUGAACACACCUGUGGACGCUGUCAUUGGCCACUACUCGCUUCUGCUGCAGUUCUCAGGCAGGAAGCCAUGCCUCCUGGGCCAGUUCACGCUGCUCUUUAACCCCUGGAAUAGAGAUGAUGCUGUGUUCCUGAACAACGAGGCUCAGCGCAGGGAGUACUUGUUGAACCAGAAUGGUCUCAUCUACCUGGGCACAGCUGACUGCAUCCAGGCAGAGUCCUGGGACUUUGGCCAGUUUGAGGGGGAUGUCAUUGACCUCAGUCUGCGCUUGCUGAAUGAGGACAAGCAGGUAGAGAAGUGGAGCCAGCCAGUGCACGUGGCCAGUGUGUUGGGUGCCUUGCUGCAUGCUCUCAAGGAGAAGAGGGUCCUGCCCACCCCGCAGACCCAGGCCACCCAGGAAGGGCCCUCGCUGAACAAGCGACGGGGCAGCGUGCCCAUCCUGCGGCAGUGGCUCACUGGCCAAGGCCGACCUGUGUAUGAUGGCCAGGCCUGGGUGUUGGCUGCUGUUGCUUGCACAGUGCUGCGAUGCCUGGGAAUCCCUGCCCGCGUGGUGACCACCUUUGCCUCAGCGCAGGGCACCGGUGGGCGUUUGCUCGUAGAUGAAUACUACAAUGAGGAGGGACUUCAGAAUGGAGAAGGCCAGAGAGGCAGAAUCUGGAUCUUCCAGACUUCCACAGAGUGCUGGAUGACACGGCCUGCCUUGCCCCAGGGUUAUGAUGGAUGGCAGAUUCUGCACCCAAGUGCUCCUAAUGGAGGUAGAGUCCUGGGGUCCUGUGAGCUGGUGCCGGUCAGAGCAGUCAAGGAAGGGAUGCUGGGGCUGACCCCUGCAGUGUCAGACCUUUUUGCUGCCAUAAAUGCCUCAUGUGUGGUCUGGAAGUGCCGUGAGGAUGGGAAACUGGAGUUGACUGACUCCAACACAAAGUAUGUUGGCAACAACAUCAGCACCAAGGGUGUGGGCAGUGACCGCUGUGAGGACAUCACUCAGAACUACAAGUAUCCUGAAGGGUCUCUUCAGGAAAAAGAGGUGCUGGAGCGAGUCAAGAAAGAGAGAAUGAAAUUUGGGAAAGACAAUGGCAUCUGUCCUCCCAGUCUGGAGACUGCCAAUCCUCUGUACCUGUUCUUGAAAGCACCCAGCUCCCUACCCUUGAGAGGGGAUGGCCAGAUCUCAGUGACGCUGAUUAACCACAGUGAGCAGGAGAAGGCAGUGCAGCUGGCAAUUGGGGUCCAGGCUGUGCACUACAAUGGUGUCCUUGCUGCCGAGCUCUGGAGGAAGAAGCUGUCCCUCACACUCUGUGACAACCUGGAAAAGACAAUAACCAUUGGCCUGUUCUUCUCCAAUUUUGAGCAAAAUGUACCUGAGAACACCUUCCUUAGACUCACCGCCAUGGCAGCAUACUCUGAGUCCAGCCUUAGCUGCUUUGCUCAGGAAGACAUUGCCAUUUGUAAACCACACCUUGCCAUCAAGAUGCCAGAGAAAGCAGAGCAGUAUCAACCCCUCACAGCCUCAGUCAACAUCCAGAAUUCCCUAGAUGCCCCCAUGAAGCACUGUGUGAUCUCCAUCCUGGGAAGGGGGCUCAUUCACAGGGAGAGGAGCUACAGAUUCGGUUCAGUGUGGCCUGAAAACACCAUGUGUACCCAGUUCCAGUUCACACCAACACACUUGGGGCUCCAGAGGCUCACUGUGGAAGUGGACUGCAACAUGUUCCAGAACCUAACCAACUAUAAAAGUGUCACUGUGGUCAGGAGUUCGAGACCAGCCUGGCCAACAUGGUGAAACCCCAUCUCUACUAAAAUUACAAACAUUAGCUGGGUGUGGUGUGCACAUUUGUAAUCCCAGCUACUUGGGAGGCUGAAGCCAGGGAAUCGCUUGAAAACCCAGGAGGCAGAGGUUGCAGUGAGCCAAGAUUGUGCCAUUGUACUCCAGCUUGGGGGACAGAGCAAGACACCAUCUCAAAAAAAAAAAAUGUACAUUGAUCAGUGCUUUCUCUGAUUGUUAUCCUUAAAGAUCCAAACAUGACUGAACAAAGUUAUAUAACAUAGGACCUGAGAGAAUUAUUCAGCUAUAGAUAAAUCUUUAUGUUAGAGUUCUAUAUUCAUUAAGUAUCCCACAAUUAAAGUCUAAUGUUAAUAACAUGAAUUUGGUCCAGUAGAAAAAUAUUUUUUUAAGUAUAUAAAAAAUAGGCUCUAUAAGAAGAAAGAACUAGACUCCUUUUGUACAAAGUUAUUUUGUUUGUUAUUUUGUUGCUUUGGCACUCUAUCAGUUUAGUUUUAGUUCCUUCCCUUUAUGACACUUGUUAGCAGUACAAAAUGGCACUUUCAAACAGUAAAUUAAAACACAUUUGGCUUAAGGAAUUUCAACCCCCAGUAUACACUAGUCACUCAAAGAAUGACUGUUGUUACUGAUUAUACCUAGAGAGAGCAGAAAGGCACAUGUGAAGAAUUACACCUACAGAAGGAAAAGGACAGGUAUUAGAGGUGGUGGAGACCUGCAGGACAUGCAAAAGGCCCAAUUCAGCUCACCAGAAUGUACAUCACUACAGGUUUACGCUGCUUUCCAAUAUGAAGUCUUCUAGACUGAUGCAAAAGUAUAAUUAAGCGGUGAUGGUUUUGCAAAAGGAUGAACUGAAAAGGCCCUUAAAAUUACAUAAAAUCUCUUAUACACUAAAAAACAUUUGAUUUGUAAAAAAUUGGUAUUUACAUUUGGGGACACAUGUAACAGAGGACAAUACAAGUAUGUAUAAGGAAAUAAAUCUGUUCAACAAGGUGGGCAAACCUAACAUCAGCUCAAUGCCAGUAUAUUUUAGAGACAUGAAGUAACCUGAGACAAUAUUCAGAAGGACUUGUUGAUAAUAAUAUAUAACAUGGUGAAAUGCUAAGAUGAAUUUUGGAGUAAUCUUUUCUAAAUAAAGGGUUUUGUUC